AUGAAACAAAAUAAAAUACGAAGAAAGUCUUAAUAUGAUUUUCAUGAUUAAGUAGAAUUGCUUUACAAGAAAAUUAUAGUAGAUGAUUCUCCUUUAGAUUUCCUUCAGAAGAGACACUUGCUUUACUAAUUACAAUAGAAUUUAAAGACAACCAGCAUUUCAUUUAGUAAAGUAAUUAUUGCAAAUUUAGAAAUAAGUCCUCAGCAACAUCCAGAUUGCUCAUAUAUUUAAAUGAUAUGGUGUCAAAAUUGAAUCAGAUUGAAUCUAAUCUAGAAAAACAAGAUUGUGAAAGUUUAGAACAUCAUAUACAAGAAAUGGUUUAACAGUAUUCCUCCAUACCUAUUUUAAAUCAAUCUUAAUCCAAACUUAGAUUGUAACAACCAUAAAAGCAAUGGAAUAUGAGCGUUAAGUAAGAAUAGUUCUUAUUAUUAAAAAUAGAUAAUUAGAAUCUUUAAUCCAUUAAUGUGUAAUUGUCUUAAAUAAAUUAUUGAUGGAUAUGAAUUAUUCACAUCUAAAGGUCUUUUAACUUUUCAUGAAUAAACAAAUCUAGUAAAUUAUAUGUUUCUUAUAUAGACAUUUAUAAAAGAGGAAAGAUUAAAUCUUAAAAGACAAUCUUUCAGUUUGUAGAAUUUGUGACUAAGAAAUUAAUAUGAAUACAAUGUAAUAACAUAGUUAAGGUUGUUUAGAAAAGGCAAACAUUAAAAAAUUAUUAGUUCAAGAAAAUUUGAUACUUGCUUCAAUUUCGGAAAAAGCCUAUCAAGUCAAGCAUGAUAUUUAAGUUAAAUAAGGCAUGAAAUUGUAAUUUUUUUAUUAAAUUUCAGAAUGAAAGAAUUGAAAAAUUAAACUAAAAAGUUACUCAAAUAAGAUGAUGUUAAAGAAGAAGAAUUAGGAUCGAUAAAUUAGGCUUUAUCAUCCAUAUAUCAACAUGCAGAAAAGAUUUUCAAUUAACCCGAAAAUGAAGAAUUAAAAUGUAUCUUAUUUAUUUUAUUCAUUUUAGCUAAUAUGUUAUUAGUAUCAGAAUUAUCAAUGGCUUUGUUAAAUAUAACUCAUUAGUAGAGUAAAUAAAUAAUUAUUGAUGCUUAAAAUUCAUUAAAAAAUAGAAUCGAACAUUUAAAAAAGAUUCAAUAAAUACAAAAUAAAGAAACAGAAUCUUAAAUUGAUUCAAUAAAAAAGAAUUUUUUAAAUAAGGCUAAUUCUAUCUCUUUCAUACAUUCAAAAUUUUCAAAUUAGUUAAAUCAAAAUCCUUUGAUGAAGUAAAAUUCUCUUCAAACAAAAGGGAAAGCAAUAAGAAAUCUUUUUGGUGAGAAAGAUAAAUCUGUACGCCUAACUCCAGAUGUUCCAAGUAGAUAAAAUUAGAUUUAAAAAUUGAGUAAAUUUAAAAUGGAGAAAUAAAAUGAAGAAGAAGAAGAAGAUGAAGAUGAUUUUAAUUCUAAGUAGAUCUUAAAAACUGAAGUAAUUGAAGAUGAUGAUGUUGAUAUGAAUAUAUAGAAAGAAAUAUUUAAAGAAAAAGGAUAUAAUUCUGAUACUGAGGUUGUCACUUUCAAAGAGAGUUAAAAUAAUAAUACAGUAAGGAUGGCUGAUUUUGAUAUUAUAAAACCAUUAGGAUAAGGUGCUUUUGGAGGUGUAUUACUUUGUAAAAAGAAAACAUCUCAAGAUUUGUAUGCAAUUAAAAUUAUAGAUUGUGCAAAUUCUUCAUUAGAAACACUGAAAGCUGAGCGUAAUAUAUUUGAAAUAUUAACUGGAGAUUUUGUUGUUAAAGCUUAUUAUUCUUUUGUUCAUGAUCAUUACUAUUGUUUUGUUUAAGAAUAUAUGGUAGGAGGAGAUUUUUCCAAUAUUCUCAAAGUUUAUGGAGCACUUGAUGAAUCUUAUGUUCAAUUUUAUGUGGCUGAAAUAGUUUUAGCUUUAGAAUAUUUAAGAAAAAACAAUAUUGUACAUAGAGAUCUUAAACCUGAUAACAUACUAUUGGAUUGUUAAGGUCAUGCUAAAUUGGCUGAUUUUGGAUUAUCUGCUUAGGGUAUGAAUACAAAAUUGAAAAAAUAAUUAUAGAGAUAAUAACAUUUUAAAAUUAAAGGAAUUGUUGGUGAUAUGAUUCAAAAUUUUAAUGUAAAUUAUGAACCAUAAUACAAUAUUAAUAAAACCCAUAAAAAAUAAUCUAAUGAAACUAAAACAAUAGUUGGUACUCCUGAUUAUAUUUCACCUGAAAUAAUUAAAGGAGUAUCUUCUGAUAAUUAUAGUACAGAUUAUUGGAGUUUAGGUGUUAUUAUGUAUGAAAUGUUAGUUGGUGUUCCUCCUUUCAAUGAUACUACUGUUGAUAGAUUAUUUGAUAAUAUAUUGAAUUUAAGAAUGGAAUGGCCAUAAAUUGGAGAUGAAGAAGACUGUAUAUCUUAAAAUGCUGCAGAUUUAAUUAAAAAAUUAAUGGAUCCAGAUUUUACAAAGAGAAUUGGACAUUUAAAUAUCUAAGAAAUUAAGGAUCAUCCAUUUUUUAAUGGAAUUGAUUGGAAUUAUAUUCGAAAAAUGCCAGGAUUAAUUGUUCCUAGAAUGGUAAUGACUGGAAAUGAAAAACCUAAUUCUGAUAAAAUAGAUGCAUUUUUAAAGAACAUGAAUAAAUAAGAUGAUAAAUAUUAAAAAAUUGCAUAAAACAUUAAAAAAGAACUUUAAAAUUUUGAAAGAAUUGAUUUAUUAUAAUAAAAGAGUGUUGAAGAGGCUUAAAUUAAGAAAAAAAAAUAAUUAUUAUAAAUAAAAGAUAUUGAGUAGUAAAUUUCAAAAUUUCAAAAUCAAAUUUAGAUCAAAUGA